AUGCGCGUGAUUCAGAUCGCGAGUUUGGCGCUGCUGUGGCUCUGGACGGGUGUGCAGCUCACGACGGCGGCGUUGUGUGCGGAUCAGGUCUCGUCCGGUGACAAGGCUGUCGGAAUCUGGGGUGAGGACUCGCCGUCGUGCCCCAGCGGCGGCGGCGUGGGCUGCUUUGGUGGAACGAGCACCUGCCGCUUCUGCAAGUCGUUCAGCACUCCGCAGAGUGCACACCUGGAUGCGUGCGCGACGACCACUGCAGCUUCAACGCCGACGGUGACCGCAGCUCCGACUACAGCUCCCUCGACUACAGCCCCUCCCACGGCUGCUCCAACACCGGCUCCGACCGUGGCGACCACCGCCAACACGAGCGACGAUGACUGCCCAGGGUCCCUGCCCGUCGCGUAG